GUUUGAUGAGUUGUGUCCUAGCGCCAUCUCCAUAUUUUUUUUCAGAGACCCCUUUGGAUACAGCCCGGCAGGGAAAGGGUUAAGGAGCGGGGGGUCCAGAUGCCUCCUCUCCUGCUCGCUAUGACGAACAAAUGAACUCCCGGGGAAUGAAAUUUAAAUUCCACAAAGGAGAAAAAGUCCUCUGUUUCGAACCUGACCCUACAAAGGCUAAAGUACUCUAUGAUGCUAAGGUCGUUGAUGUUGUAAUUGGCAAAGAUGAACGUGGAAAGCGAGUCCCAGAAUACCUGAUUCACUUCAAUGGUUGGAACAGAAGUUGGGAUCGAUUGGCUGCAGAGGACCAUGUGCUCAGGGAAACUGACGAAAAUCGCAAAUUACAACGUAAACUGGCUCGUAAAGCUGUGGCUCGCAUGAGGAGAAAGGGAUGGGGGAAGAGACGUCGUCGUCUACCCGGUGUUGAGUCAGCUCUGAAGACACUUCCUGAAGAGAAGGAAGAGAGUGAUGACGCAUGUUUGAUUUCGUCUUCAGACAACAGUGACGAGGACGAUUCCGAGGAUCCUGAAUCUUUGAAAAGUGAGGAGAGCGACUCUUCCGAAGAUUUGGACAAAAUGCAGGAAGAGCAGGAAGCUCACGCUAAGAUGGAGAGUGAGGACAAGACCAUCAACAUAGACAUCCCUGAGGUUCUCAAGAAGAAACUGGAGGAUGACUGCUACUACAUCAACAAGAGGAAGAAGUUGGUGAAGCUUCCGUGCCAGAUGAACAUAUUGAACAUCUUGGAAUCGUACGUGAAGCACUUUGCCUUCAACGCAGCCUUCUCUGCAAAUGAGAGGUACAGAAGUCACCAGAGCACCGCCCAGACCAGCCUCAGUCCUCACUAUGUUCCUCCAGAGAAGAAUGAGGAGCUUUGCAAGGAGAUGGUGGAUGGCCUGAGAAUCACCUUCGACUUCACCCUUCCCAUGAUCCUCCUGUACCCCAACGAGCACGCUCAGUUCAAAAAAGUCAGCUCCUCCAAGUUCUUCCUGCCUAUCCGGGACAACACAGCCAGCUCCAACAAGACCCUGCGUGAGCGCACCCCCAGCCCCUCGGGCCACAACCCCUCCACCCCCCAGUCUACGGACAGCCAGCCGGCCCUGAGCGAGGCCUCCACCACCACGGCAAACGCCGCCGCCUCCACACCCAAACGCCGGCGCUGUACCUCCAUGGCCGACCCCGACGCCCCCCAGUCCCUGCGGCGCUCCACGCGCCACACCUCGGGGGGCGAGCGGCUGGCGGGCGAGGGGGGCAGCGGCAGCGCUACGACCUCACCCCAGCCCAAACGCCGCCUCGCCAGCCUCGACACGCCCGCCCAGCUGCCCAAGUUCUUCCUCAAUCUGGAGAAGAAAACCCCUGUCCACAGCGGCUCAUCCUCACCGUUGCCCCUGACACCCAGUAAGGAGGGCAGCGGCAUCUUCUCCGGCCUGGAGAGUCGACGGAACAACGAGCUCAACGAGGUCCUGAGCUGGAAGCUGACCCCUGAUAACUACCCCCAGAGUGACCAGCCUCCCCCACCCUCCUACCUGUACGGCUCACAGCACCUCCUACGCCUCUUCGUGAAGCUGCCAGAGAUCCUGGGGAAGAUGCACAUCCCAGAGAAGAACCUGAGGGCCCUGGUCAAACACCUGGAGCUCUUCCUCCGGUUUUUGGCUGAGUUCCACGAGGACUUUUUUCCGGAGUCGUCGUACGUGUCGUCAUCGGAGGCCCACUACUGCAUGAAGCACCCGCGGGCUGUUUACUGAGGCCGUCUAUCUCACCCUGCCUCGCCCCACCUCGCCCUGAACUGCACUGCUGGGAGGGGAGCUCCAAGCUGCUUCCCAAACCAUCCCUUUCUUUCACUUGCUCUCUGAGACUGCGCUAUUAUGUCUCUCCCUCUCUCGGUGCACCCUUGCCCUCCUAAAUCCAACCCAUGCAGCUAUUUGGUUUUGCCCGGCCUAUCAGAAGGAAGGGUCUUGGCUUCUGAUCGGCCAAGUACCUCUCUCUCCCCAGCCCCCAACCUGGCAGCCUGGCCUAGGAUGCAAUGAUUACCUAAUGGACGUCUACUUGUUAUCCUAGGCUGUAGACCCUAACCCCCUGCUGGGGUCUUUCCCGUGAUGCUGACUUUGUCUUGCUUUCUCUCUCUGCGCUCAAGGACCACGUUUGGCCCUCUUCUUUCUCUAGCACCAUCUGUGUCCGAUCCUUCUCUCUCCGUCCGCCUCAAGCAAACACAGAAAAGAAGAGUGGCUAUUUGAUAUGUUCGCUUUAUGUGUGACUAUUGGAGACUAAUGGCUUCUCCUCAGCUCGCCACGCUUGCUACUCCAAGCCACUCUUCAGUGUGUGCUGUCGAUUAAGGUAUUUCUAAACGCUUGUAGAAUGCCCUUACUCUAGUAAUGUCUACUGUCUGUGUUCUUCUUGCUUAGAGGGGCUGUGACGUUAUGGCCACUGUGUGUUCAUAUUUAUAUUUGUCAUGGUAUUACCCUCAAUGUUUGAAAAAGGUCAAGUGUAUUGAAUUCUGUUGAUCAGUUGAUGUAUAAAUUCCUUAUUCUGUUUUGAUUUUCUUUUUUUAUACACUGUUAACUUGUAGACUCAAACAGGAACACACUGCGGAGGUGGAAAUGUGAAAAUAUCAACUUUCAGUCUGUUUUCCAUUAGUCUUAUCCGAAAUAAAAGUUGGAGCAAUA